AUGAGUUUUCCUUACAAAGAAACUUCCAAAAGUGCCGCCAUACCCGGGGGUCUUAAGGGUCGAACUGAGACUGGUAAUGGAAUACGAAGGACAGGGAUGGUGUCCCACUCGACUCGCAUUGACUUAUCAAAGGAGUCUCGCAGAAUAGCGGUCCAUCAUCCGCACCUGAGUCUUGCUGUGUUGACCGCCUGGUUGACGGUUACUUCGGUGGCGAUAAAAGGGUCCGAGCAAAUCGGAAGAAAAGGGUGUUCCCUGGUGUUUGAAGAACUCGACACGGCAUCCACGACGCAGAUCAUCGUCGCACUGAGAAUAACAAGGGAAAGAGAGAAUCAGUAUGGUGAUGUCAUGAAUGGUCCCGUGAAUUCACUUCGUCAAAAGUUUAAAGUUGUAAUCAGUAACUGGGAGAAUGUUGCCGACCCCUGCAGAGACGAGUGGAGAGUAGCGGUACUUAGUGGGUGUACCCCUUUUCCAGGGAUCAUGCUGGUAGGAUACGAUGAAAACGCAGAGCAUGUGCAUCUGAUGUCGUCCAAACAGCGAGAGAGCAACGGCACGGUCCUGGACACGUCGCAAGAUACGAUGCGCAGCUCAGGGUUCUACACUCCACGAACACGAUAUCGUGGCAUCAAACAAUUGGCCUUGGACACUCGUUUGCAUCAGGGCGCCAAGGAGAAGUAA